AUGACCGAUUGGAUAAAUUCGACGAAUAAGCGCGAACGGAAUACGAUGCUGAGGUUCGCGAGAUGUGGCAGAAGCUUAUCUUUUAGAUGUUACGCAUUCGCGACGAUCGGUCUCUCCUUUUACAUAUGUUUUAAUCUUCUAAAACUUUAUCAAAAUAUUCAUCAGCCUCAACGCAGCUUCAUCUAUCAUUUCGUUUAUCCUUACAACGCCCAGAAGAGUCCGAAUUACGAAAUCACAUUUGUCAUCCAACUUUCCGGUGGAAUAUACACAGGACUAAUCAACUGUACUGUCGACAGCUUCAUCUCGAUGAUCUUGCUGCAUGUAUACGCGCAACUAAUAAAUCUACGAAUGGCACUCAACAAUUUGGUCGAUGAACUAUCUAAUAAAUCUAUAUCCUACCCGAAAUUUAAAGAAGGCUUAGCCGCGGUCGCUGUACGACAUAAACAUCUUAUCAGAUUAUUCAAUUUAUGUAUAUAUAUAUACAGGGUGUCCCAGAUCAUUUGGGACAAUACUCGUGUGCAGAUAAGUAUGGCGUAUAGCGUAUAUGAAUGCAAGUGGUAUAAUAUACCGGCCAAAGAUGCGAAGAACUUAAUGGUUAUUGCAUAUGGAUCUUUAAUACCGCUUAAAUUAACAGCUGGAAAAUUCGGAAAUUUUUCGAUGGAGUUGUUUGGAGCAAUGGUGAAAACGGCAAUGGGAUACUUCUCUAUGUUGCUGACAAUAAAAGAUUAGAGAAACUAUAAUAGAAAAUAGAGAGAAGAUAAUAUCUGUGUGUGUGUAUAUAUA